CCACCAAACCCCGUUUAAUUUUUCUCCAUCUGCCUCCUCCAUAAAACCCUCCUCUCAACGAAACCCUCUUUGCGUCUCUCUCUCUGCCCCUCUCUGCCCCUCUCUAGCCAUGGCUGUUUGCAGCGCAGAGCUCAUCGUCGUCUCUCUCCUCUUUAUGUCGACCGUCUUCGUCGCUGCAGACUCGCACACCUUCGCGCGGAGCCUCCUCCCGCGAGAGCUCGGGCUCAAGGAGGAGAAGCUGAGCCACCUCCACUUCUACUUCCAUGACAUCGUGAGCGGGCCCAACCCGACCGCCGUGCGCGUCGCCGAGGCCAAGAUGACCAACUCGUCGGCCACGGGGUUCGGGGCCGUGGUCAUGAUCGACGACCCGCUGACCGAGGGCCCCGAGACGAGCUCCAAGGAGGUCGGGCGGGCGCAGGGGAUCUACGCGCUGGCGUCGCAGAAGGACACCGGGCUGCUCAUGGUGCAGAACUACGUGUUCACCGAGGGGAAGUACAACGGGAGCACGCUGAGCGUGCUCGGCCGGAACGCGGUGUUCUCCGGCGUGCGGGAGUUGUCGAUCGUCGGCGGGAGCGGGCUCUUCCGGUUCGCCCGCGGGUACGCUCAGGCACAGACGCACACGUUCGACCGUAAGACCGGGGACACCUGCGUGGAGUACAAUGUUUAUGUCUUCCAUUAUUGAUCCAAGUUCUCGAGAUGUCUCUGCAGGCCUUUCUGGAAAGAGUUCUCACUGUUUAGUUCUUUUGUUUUUUGGUCGGAACACUGUUUAGUCUGGUGGCCGUGUUGUUUGUUCGUUUCUUUGGUAUCUAUUUCUCUUUUAAUUUUCCAAUCA